AUGGCUCCCCUCUGUAGAACCAGUGGACGCCCGGUCAGCGGAGACACUGCCCCCUCCAUGAGGCGUGAGGGGCUGGUCUCGGACAUACGACAAGUUGACAGCCGAGAAGUCCUGGUCCAAAUCAGAAAAAGAGACUUGGAGAGAUUGACUACAGAGGUCAUGCAGCUCCGAGAGUUCUUACCCAAAGUAGUGAAUGGAGACCUGAUUGAGAUGCUGCAGAAAGCCCGUGCUGCAGAGACAAUGAAGGAGCGCCUUGGUCAGGAGCAGGAGCAACUGAGACAUGAGUGUCUGCACCUUCGCUCUCGCCUGGACGCAGCGCAGAGCGAGUGUCAGAAAGAGAGAGAGGAGAAGUUGGUUCUGAGGGAGCAGCUAUGGGAGAGUCGGGAGCAGCUGCAGCAGCAGGCUGAGUUCUGUACUGGGCUGGGUGCUGCCUCCUGCACCCUGCUGUGGAGCACCUCCAGUAAGGAGGAGGCAGUCAAAGACAUCCUGGCCGAUGGUAAGCUGCAGUCCUUCCUGAGUGUGGCGGGCCAGACCCUGGAGAGCUUUGUCAAGUCUCUGGAUGGGGAGGCCAAGGCCGAGCAGCAAGACUCCAACUCCCAUGAGCACCAGUUUGUUCUGGCGCUGGCCGGAGUCGUCACCAACGUGGCGGCGGUGACGUGUGGGCGGGACUACCUGUCCAGCUCCGCCCACGUCCUCCUGGAGACUCUGAUGCAGCUGCUGGAGCUCCUGAAGCCUGGGGUCUUCCCCAAACUCAAAGUGUUGAUGCUGAUGGCUCUGUAUAAUGUCAGUAUCAGUGUAAAGGGACUGAAGUAUAUCAGGGAGUUUCCAGGACUUCUCACUCUCAUCUGGACCCUUUUGGAAGACGGGGACUCUGAGGUAUGCCUCCACGCCCUGCGGCUGCUCCAGUCAGUGCUGCUGGAGGAGGCGGUGUCCCUGGUGGGGCCCGGGCUGCUGCUGGACGACCCCCUUCUCCCGCUGGAGCGCAUACGCAUGCUGGCCACCUCCAGCCGCCACCCGGCCCUGAGGCAGACGGCCCAGGAGACACUGGAUGACCUGGGCUCCCUCAGCGCCUCCUUCCUGGACCCCCACGGCACCUCCUCCUCUGACCAAAACGUGGAAGUGCAUCGUUUCAAUGGCCUCCAAAGGACAUGGCGACACCGACUCAGGACGGUUACCCCCGGCCCCAGCUUACUCCAAAGAGGUGCCGCCUGGUCACAAUGCUGUGUACCCAGCACCCACCGUGGUGCCACCACCCCCAAGCAACCUGACACCUUCAGCCCCACCGGUUCAUACGAUGAUGCCUGCCUCUCUCGGACCACACAAUGUUGUCUACCCAGCUCCCAUAAACCCUGGAUUCCCACCACCUGGAUACAUGACCCCUUCCGCUCCUCCGAUGAUGCCUGCCCCUUCCGGACACCCUAA